AUGUCAGACAUAGAAACGUCUAUAGAAGAGCUCAAAGACAUUUAUGAAUUAAUAAAGAAGGCACAAAUCAACUUUAAAAAGUGUCCAACGACAAGAAAAACAAAGGGUUAUCUACAAGCGAAAAUUCAAUGCAUCGAUGAGUACUGGACUUCGUUUCGCACGGCGCAUAAGACGUUAUUCAAGCUAACUACGAAAAGUGACCGAGAUACUUUGAAUUACUUUGUCAAUGAUGUGCAUGGAGAAUGUGAAGAAGUGUAUACGUGUCUCAAGGCCGAUUUGACAGAUUCCUUGCUGUCACGUCAACAGCAAGGGGAAUCAUCUGCACUGAAUACAAGCAGCUCAAGUGAUCGCGCUGAUAAUUACACCCCAGAUGUCAAAUUACCACAAAUCAAUUUACCAACAUUCUCCGGCGCGUACGAGGAAUGGCAAUCGUUUGAAGAUACAUUUGUAGCCCUAAUCCAUGCAAAUAAAGGACUUAGUGAUGUGCAAAAAUUACAUUACCUGAAAUCGUGUGUUAUCGGUGAAGCGAAGAAUACAAUCAAGCAUUUCCAAAUUACUGAGAAGAAUUACAAACCUGCUUGGGACACCCUGAAAAAUAGGUACAGUCACAAACGGCUAAUCGUUAAUGCUAUUUUGAAAAGGCUUUUUUCUUUGAAGAAAGUAAAUGUACAAUCACCUACACAACUGAAGGCCUUGAUAGACAACACCAAAGAAUGUUUAACAAGCCUGAAUGCAUUAAAUAUUUACACCGGUACUUGGGAUCCAUUAAUUAUAUUUCUGGUAAUUCAGAAAUUGGACCAAGAAUCACACAGAGCGUGGGAAGCAUAUGUAAGUGCUGAAUAUUUUGAAGAAUUACCCACAUUCAACAACUUCACAACAUUUUUAGAAAACCGUAUCUGUACUUUGGAAUUAACUUCACCUGUAACUGCACCAAAAGACAAGAUAAAGGAAAGAUCAUUCACUGCUACCACGUCGAUGAAUCGUGUUUGCAGCAUGUGUAAGGAAGACCACCUGCUUUGUCACUGUAAGGAAUUUGGAAAACUGGAUCCGGAUAAGAGAAGCGAAUUUGUUAAAGAACAACGACUCUGUUACAACUGUCUUGCUGCCGGGCAUCCUGUAUUUCACUGCAAACAAAAAACUUCAUGCAGGAUCUGCGGCAGACGUCACCACUCACUUCUACAUUCACACAAGAAGAACCAAGAGUCCACGGGCAAAGAAGAGAAGAAACCAUCACCAGGACUUUCAUCCAUGCACACAAAUGUAGAAGAACAUUCAGAGGACGAACAAGAUGUGUUAAUUGCCUCGCACUUUGUUUCUCGGUAUAAAAGGGCUCUUUUAGCCACGGCUUUAGUCCCUAUCAAAAGUGCGUCCGGGCAAGUUAGUAUGUUUAGAGCUUUGAUCGAUUCCGGUUCUCAGGCCUCCUUCAUAAGCGAGAGAGCGACUCAAAUACUAAAGCUUCGCAAGACUUCGGUUAAAGGUACGGUAACUGGAGUAGGUUCUAGUAAAACGUCAGUCAGUCAUGUGGUCCAACUUGAGGUUUUAUCGAGAUGUGAAAAGAACUUCAGCCUCAAUGUUAAAGCGUACGUAUUAUCAACACAGCUGACAACCAAGUUGCCUUGCAAGUCUAUCACACCAAGAAAUUGGUCACAUUUGGACGGACUAUCAUUAGCAGAUCCAAAUUAUUUUGUGCCAGGAAAAAUCGACAUUUUGUUGGGCGUAGAUGUUUACACGGAAAUACUCAAGAAUAAUCUCAUCAAAGGCCCCCCAGGAACACCCUGUGCUCAAGAAACCAACCUGGGUUGGAUACUAUUCGGCAGCAUAAAUGAUCAGAUCCCCGACGAAGAUACCGUAGCAAUGCAUAUUCACCUGGAUGUAGACAACAUGCUGAGAAAUAUGUGGGACAUUGAACCAUCAAACAAACGUCAUUUCACAGCCGAAGAAAGAUUGUGUGAAGAAAUUUACGCCAAAUCACAUUCCAGGUCAUCUGAUGGACGAUACAUUGUAAAACUCCCGUUCAAAUGUGAAGAUCCUUUACAAAUGAUUGGUGAAACAAGAGAAACAGCUUUGCACAGAUUUCAUCAAUAUGAGAGAAGAUUGGAGAGGAAUCCAAGUUUGAAGAAAGCGUGUGAUGAUGUUAUCGAAGAGUAUAUUGUGCUUGGACACAUGGAAAAGGUUCCUAAGGAAGAGACCAAUAAAAAGGCCGUAUAUUUACCUUAUCAUCCAGUCGUAAGAGAAGGAAAAGAGACGACUAGUGUCAGAUUAGUGUUCGAUGCUUCGUGUGAAGGUUCUAACGGGAAAUCUUUGAACAACUUACUGCUGGUGGGACCUCAAUUGCAGGAUGACUUAAGAGAUCUGAUAAUGAGAUGGCGAACAAAGUCAAUCGCUUUUGUGGCCGAUAUCGAGAAAAUGUAUCGUCAGAUACUGGUUACAAAAGAAGAUACUGACUUUCAGAGAAUACUCUGGCGAAAAACCAGCUCUGACGAAAUUCAAGAAUAUCGCUUGCUAAGAGUUACAUUCGGAAUAUCUUCUGCGCCUUAUCUUGCAAUAAAAACUUUAAUGCAACUAGCCGAAGACGAGGGAGAGAAUUACCCAGCAGCAGCCAAGGUUAUUAAGGAGGAUUUCUUCGUGGAUGAUUGUAUGAGCGGAUGCAUUCAAGAUUCAGUGACCGAAUCUAUACAGCUGAGUACUCAAAUUUCUCAAAUACUAGAGAAGGGAGGUUUCGUUCUUCAAAAAUGGGCAUCCAACAACACUGAAUUCAUGAAUGAAAUACAUCCUUCGCGACGUAGUGCUAAUACAAAAAAGGAGUUGACAAACCAAUGUAUCAUGAAGACUCUUGGAAUCACCUGGAACAUGGGUACAGACUCAUUUCAUUAUCAUUUUAACUUACCACCAGAGCCCAAGUUUAUUACCAAGAGAAAUAUUUUAGCUGACAUCCAAAGACUUUUUGAUCCGUUGGGAUGGCUUGGAGCUGCAAUAAUUCCAGCGAAGAUAUUGAUCCAACAGUUGUGGGUGGAAAAAUUGGACUGGGAUGAAGAAGUAACUGGUUCACUUAGAAACGAAUGGUUAAAAUUGAGGCAAAGCUAUGAACAUCUUGAUAAAAUUCAUAUCAAUAGACAAAUCGAGAUUGAUGACGACGAUAUGGAAAAUUUCUCACUCCAUGGCUUCUGCGAUGCAUCGAACAAAGCCUAUUGCGCUGUAGUAUAUUACAGAGUUGUCACAAAGAGCGGUAGGAUUGACACCGGCAUCGUUGCAUCCAAGACACGAGUAGCCCCCGUCAAACCAGUCACACUACCGAGACUCGAGCUCUGCGGUGCGGUACUGCUGGCUAGACUUUUGACACAAGUUCACAAAGCCAUGAGAAUUUCUAUCAACCAAGUGUAUGCUUGGACUGAUUCAUCUGUGGUCCUAUCAUGGUUAUUUGGAAACCCCAAUCGCUGGAAACCUUUUGUCAGCAACAGAGUUGUGGAAAUUCUUGACAAUCUUCACAAUACUCAAUGGUUUCACGUAACAUCCAAAGAGAAUCCAGCAGAUAUUGGUUCUAGGGGACAAUACUUACCUCAACUGAUAGAAAACCAAAGGUUAUGGUGGGAAGGGCCAGAAUGGCUGAAAGAUGAUAAAAUCAAAUUUAAUCGACCAAAUAUUAUACCAACUGAAAUUGAAAGGAAGAAAAACAUAGAAGUAAAUUUUAAGACUCAGAAUGAAGAGACAGAUUUUUUUGAAGACUUUGAUACACUAGAAGAGUUGCAAAGAAUUAUAGUUUACAGCAUUCGAUUUUUAAAUAGCAAAAAGAAACCAGAAGAAAUAGAUCAACAAUUUACAACAACUGAAUUAGAAGAAGCUCUGUUAAAAUGCAUAAAAAUAGUACAAGGAAAGGAACAUGCAAAAGAGAUAGAUAGCCUAAAAAGGAAGGGAUAUGUACAGAAAGACAGUAACUUAAAAUCUCUUAACCCCUACCUGGAUGACAAAAAUAUUCUCAGGGUGGGCGGAAGGUUAAGAAAUGCUAAUCUCGACGAUGAAUCUAAACAUCCAAUAAUACUUGGAGCAAAGAACAAGUUAACUUCGUUGAUUAUAUCUCAAGCUCAUAGAAAGACUCUGCAUGGUGGUAUUCAAAUCAUGCUUUGCUAUCUCAGAAGUAAAUAUUGGAUUAUAAGAGCAAAAAAUGAAGUAAAAGCUCAUAUUUACAAGUGCCUCAUAUGCGCCAGACAGAAGGCAGCAUGUGGUAAUCAGCUCAUGGGCGACUUACCCAAACAACGUGUGAACGAGGCUCGCCCAUUUCUUCAUAGCGGAGUCGAUUUUGCCGGUCCUUUGCAAGUAUUAAUGUCAAAGGGCAGAGGUGCAAAAUCUAACAAGGCCUACAUCGCCAUAUUCGUUUGUAUGGCUGUCAAGGCCAUACAUCUCGAAUUGGUCGGUGACCUUACAUCAGAAUCAUUCAUGGGCGCUUUCCGAAGAUUUGUUGCCAGGAGAGGAAAAUGCACUCACUUAUGGAGCGAUCAAGGGCGCAAUUUCAUCGGAGCAGACAAAGAACUAGCAGCAGCAUGGAAGCAAGCAAGCCUAGAGCUACCAGGUGAACUUGGCAAUGUUCUUGCAGCCGAUGGAACGCAGUGGCACUUCGUGCCUCCAUAUAGCCCAAACUUUGGCGGCCUUUGGGAGGCGGGCGUAAAAUCAGUAAAAUUCCAUCUAAAAAGAAUUUUGACUGCAAACCUGACAUUUGAAGAGAUGACGACAACACUAUGUCAAAUAGAAGCGUGUUUAAAUUCACGACCUUUAACACCGUUGGAUACCACUGACACUGACGUUAUAGAGCCACUCACCCCCGGACACUUUUUGAUAGGUGAAUCUCCAAUUUCUGUGCCUAAUCCUGAUUUACGUGACAUCAACAUAAAUAGGCUAUCGCGUUGGCAAUUAACACAGAGACUUGUUAGAGAUUUCUGGCACAGAUGGCAGUCUGAGUAUCUAUCCAGACUCCAAAAACGCCCUAAGUGGCUCAAACGCCAGAAGGAAUUUGAGCUCGGAGACAUCGUAUUGCUCAAGGACGAGCAGACGCCGCUCAGCAAGUGGGCGCUCGGCCGCGUGCUUGAGAAGCACCCCGGGCCCGACGGCGUCUGCAGGGUGUACACUGUGUGGAGCAACAAGCAUGUCACUCAACGAUCGGUGUCUAAACUAUGUGCAUUACCAAUAGAUAAGUCGUAA